AACAAGUUUAAAUUUUCAUUUUUUGUUACAAUUUUUUAAUAAAAUAAAUUAAAUAAAAAUUAAAUUAAAUUAAGACUGUGAAAUAUUGAAAAUUUGUAAAAUUCCUUCUACUUUUACGAGAAACAAUUGAAAUUUUCUGCGUGUACAAAGUAAUUCUCAUUCUUGACUUGUGCGUAUGCGGAAAAAAAAAUAUUUUCUUGUAAUAGUAAAGGUAUUUAAAUUGUCGACAAUACGUGAUGGAAUUGAUACAUUAUAAGUACCAGUGGGAAUGAACUUUUAUAUAAAAAAUAUUUAACAGAAACGAAUGAAUUUUUAUUGAAACGAAAAAAUAAUUUAUUGAUUUAAAAAAUAAUUAUUUUUUUCAUUAGUUAAUUAUUUUUUGUGGAACAUAAAUGUAAAAUUCACAUAGUAAGAUGGUAUUUAGGAAAACCGGUUAGGCACAAAAUUCCAAGUACUCAAACCUACAAGGUUAGACUACAAUUUACUUUGAGGACCAAUUUUAAAAAACCCAAUUACAAAAUUAAUUUCUUCACUAAAAAAAAAUAAAACAAUUAUUCCUAAAUUGAAAUCAAAGAAUACAAAACUACAGAAUUAUUUUUAGCACUGCAUCCUUGUUGAAAAAUAACAAUAAAAAUUAAUUUCCCAUAAGUAAUACAUUCAUAAGAAAACCAAUUCUGAAAAGACAAGGUUAACGAUAAAAUUAUUUUACAUACAUCUUUUCGUUGAGAUCAUAAAAAUAAGAAUAUUUCGCAAGAAUAUGAUUUUUGGUGCAAAAAAUUAUUGGGAUAAAUACACAUUUCUAGGGUCAGGUUACAAUAUACAUAUGGACAUAUAUAUAUAUAUAUAUAUAUAUGAAAGUAUUUCCUCUCAUACAACCACUUUUCUGUAACAUAUCUUUAUGAAAGACCUGUAAUUUCUUUAGUCAUAUUGCGAACGCCUUACUUUAUACAUCUCGAUCACUAUAUUCUAUAUAUAUGUAUAUGAAUUUCAUUUAAGUUGAUUAAAAUUGUCUGUCAUGAAACUGUAAGGGACAAAAUUUUUCAAACAUCCGUAACAAAAAAGAAAACAGUUAUACAUAAUGACAAACACGCAAUUAAUUUUGGUGCAAAUAGUGUUUCUCGUGACAAUUACCUUGAUUCAGGGUCGUCAAAAUUAUCACGUCAUUUAUCAAUGGAAUGUUAUUGAACCCGAAUGGCCAAAUCUAGAAAUACGUGAAAAAUCAUUAAAUAAUGGAAGUUACAUACCAGAGAAUAAUAUAAUUACCGGCAUUAAAUUUUGGAGGGAUCAAAUCUAUUUAACUGUUCCACGAUUGAAACCUGGUGUUCCAUUAACAUUGACAAUAAUAUCAUCAAUUCCAGAACAAAAAUCCAUUAAAACUGAACAUGGUCUUCAAAAUUUAAAUAUCGUGAGUCCAAAAUUAAAACCAUUUCCAAAUUGGCAUAUGCAACGAUUAAAUGAUUGUGAAGCAUUUCAGUCAAUUCAAAAUAUGGAAAUUGAUCCAAUGGGUCGUAUGUGGCUUAUCGAUAAUGGAAGAAGGGAUAUUUUCACUGAAAACCCAAACAAUACAUGUCCACCGAGACUUGUGAUACUUGAUCUUAAUACUGAUGGUACAAUAUUAAAGAAAUAUAUUUUUCCAAAACAUACUGUGGAUUAUAAUUCAGUUUUUCUCAAUGAUAUUGUUCUUGAUCAUGAACACGGUGGAUUUGCCUAUAUUAUCGAUAGUGGAAGCAAAGAUCCGGGUUUAAUUGUUUAUUCAUUGGCGGCCAAUACCUCAUGGAAAAUUCGUCAUGAAACAAUGAAAAUUGAAGAUGAUGUGAAAACAAAAUUACAAAUUGGUAUUGCCUUAUCACCAUCUAGUAGAUAUGACAGAAUGGUUUAUUAUUCAUCAGUUUCAUCAUUUAAUAUCUUUUCAAUACCAACAUCAGUGCUAAAAAGCGGACUCACAAAUGUUAAUGAUUUUGUGAAACAAAUAAAUCGAAAAAAAUCAUCAUCAUCGGGAAUGAUUAUGACAUCAUCCGGUAGAUUGAUUUAUGGUUUAUUGGCAAAUAAUUCCGUUGCAUCGUUAAAUAUCAAAUUUUCAUCAAAUUUAGGACAAUUUAUUGUAUCCGAUAUUAAUUAUGAGGAAACAAUUUUGGCACACGAUGAUAAUAUUUUUCAAUGGCCAAAUAAUUUUGCUAUUGAUGAUGAUAAUUAUUUAUGGUGCGUUACAAAUAAUUGGAAAAAAUUUUCAACAAAUAAAAUUGAUUUCAAUUCGACGAAUUAUCGAUUGAUUAAAUUUUUAAUUAGGGGCAAAAAUUAUCAAUAUUUUGAUGAUGGUAGUGCUCCUAUUUUGCCACUUUCACAAUUUUUAACUUCAAGUAGAUCUUUGUAUGGAAUUCCAGUAUCAAUUUCAUUAAGUGACGAUACAUUUCCAAUUGUUGGUAGAAAUUUUUAAUAUGAAAAAUUAAUUUGUCUUUUUUUUC